AAACUGUUCAGUCAUCAACAAGCGACCCCAGAAGGACCUCACCAAGCAGGCAUGACAAUAAAACCAUCCUGAUCAAAUAGAUAUAAAUAACAUAACUACUCAGUAAAACACCUGUUUGGCUUCGUGUUUGUUUGCUAGUUAAACAACAACAUGUUUAUCUCUUCACAAAACUCACCAACCUGCUUCAAAGAUUUCACCCUCCUCAUGCCAGCAGUGGCUGUUGGUAAUGUGGGCCAGCUGGCUGUGGACCUCAUCGUGUCCACUCUCAACAUGAGCAGAGUGGGCUACAUACACACAGACUGUCUCAUCCCCAUGACUGGAAACAACCCGUACGCCACCUGCAAAGAGGAUGCUGAGGAGCUGCACACCCCUGCAGAAGUUUACACAGCAGCAGAUCUGAAGAUCGCAGUUCUUCAAAUCAGGGCGCCAAUCAUUCAGACAAAAUCCAAAAAGUUCCGUCAGCUGCUCGUGUCUUGGAUCAAAACCAGCGGCUUCUCCAGGACCGUAGUUCUGUCCAGCAGCCAAGCCUACCAGAGGGACGACCAACAGAUGCAAGGCACUCCUUUGAGGUACCUGGUCACUCCGUCCCUGCUGAAGGUGAGCGAGGAUGCGUUAAAGGAGCUUGGCUGGAGGGAGAUGGAGCGAGUGGCGGCCUUCCCGGGGCUGACCGACGCCAACGCAGAGCCACGCCUCUACAUCCCUGGAGGAGGAAUAACCAAAGGACUCUACACAGACAGUUGUGCAGAGGACCUCCCUCUGGCUGUGCUGCUGCUCUUCUGUUCAGAGGGCGACAACGUCCCAGACGCCUUCACGCUCGUCAACCAUCUCAACGACUGGCUUCAUUUGCUGGACAAUCCUAGCCAAAAGCCCAACAAAUGGAACAUCCCAACUUCCUGGAGUCUUCUUUUUGGCAGCGGCUUGCCUCCAGCACUGUUCUGAUACAUCUAUAUUUAGUUUUUGUAGCUCAUAAUUAGCUUCUGGGAACUGCAGCAAAGUCUUAUAUAAUGUAUUAUAUUAAGUCUACCUGGUCUGGACAUAAAACUUGGUUGUAAACUGACCCCCAUAAGAACCCUGCCACUCUGACAUCUAUCGCAGUCUCCUUUUAUUUUGGUAAUAAAUCUUUCAGUUGUACAAUAAACAUUACGUCAUUUACAGGAAUUAAUACUAUUUCCAAGUAUUGCAGAAGUUGAAUGUUUUUUUUCCAAUAAAAGAUUGCGACAACAAUCCAGUGUGAAUUUAUCUAAAAAGGUGAAGAACUUUGAUUGUGUUCCUCUCACUGGACCCAGCCUCCGCCCGCUUGACUGAAAGUGGUUGGCCUAGUGCCAUACUGUAUUCCUGGCAGCCCCGCCUCUGUAAUUUGAUUCCUUUCUACAAACAUGUUACAACUACUUACAUAGCGAUAAAAAAAAAAAAAAGACAGCACUCUGAUUCAUACACUGACGUUAUAAAGCUGUUUUGACAA